CCUAUUGGACAGCACAGCAAGGGAACCCGCCCAGGGUCUUUGCUGACGUCAUGAAAGGACAAACUGAUUUACCGCGGGGUCAUCCAGCCUCUCCUACGAGCAGCCGGCUGCGGGAAAGCGGAGGCGCCAUCUUGAGAUCCUGAAACGUUGCUCCGCCACCAUGUACCCCACUUCUCUGACGCAGAUGGCGCGGGCCAACCCGUUCAGCGCGCCGCUCUUCUCCCUCCAGAAGGUGGAAGAGCCCCAGCAGAACCUCCGCGGACAGAGGCCCCGCAGACUGGCAGCAGCUGCAGCGGUGGACGAGGAUGUCAGCUGCGAGUUUGGCUCCUCCAAGUACUAUGCCCUCUGCGGCUUUGGCGGCAUCCUGAGCUGCGGCCUCACGCACACCGCAGUCGUGCCCCUCGACCUGGUCAAGUGCCGUCUGCAGGUGAAUCCAGACAAAUACAAGAGCAUCGGUAACGGCUUUGCGGUGACGGUGAGGGAGGAUGGCUUCAGAGGCCUGGCUAAGGGCUGGGCCCCUACCUUCAUCGGCUACUCCAUGCAGGGGCUCUGCAAGUUUGGCUUCUACGAGGUCUUCAAGAUCUUCUACAGCGACCUGCUGGGAGAGGAAAACACCUACCUGUGGAGGACGUCUCUGUACCUGGCUGCUUCUGCCAGCGCAGAGUUCUUCGCAGACAUCGCCCUGGCUCCCAUGGAGGCCGCCAAGGUCCGGAUCCAGACGCAGCCCGGCUACGCCAACACCCUCAGACAGUGCGCACCCAAGAUGUUUGCAGAGGAAGGCCUGUGGGCGUUCUAUAAGGGCGUGGUCCCUCUGUGGAUGAGGCAGAUCCCCUACACCAUGAUGAAGUUCGCCUGCUUCGAGCGGACGGUGGAGCUGCUCUACAAGUACGUGGUCCCCAAGCCCCGCAGCGAGUGCAGCAAGCCGGAGCAGCUGGUGGUCACCUUCGUGGCGGGAUACAUCGCCGGCGUGUUCUGCGCCAUUGUAUCGCAUCCCGCUGACUCGGUGGUGUCCGUGCUGAACAAGGAGAAGGGAAGCACGGCGGUGCAGGUGCUGAAGAAGCUGGGACCCAAAGGUGUGUGGAAGGGUCUGGUGGCGCGUAUCAUCAUGAUCGGUACGCUGACGGCCCUGCAGUGGUUCAUCUACGACUCUGUCAAGGUCUACUUCCGCCUGCCCCGCCCCCCUCCCCCAGAGAUGCCCGAGUCCCUGAAGAAGAAGCUGGGCCUCACAGAGUGACCCUGAUCUGCCGCCGCCGCCCUCCGCCUGAAACGUCUAAACUCACUGCAGCGCCAUCUGCUUCCUGCUCCACCAGCCCCUCUAGAAACACCUCUAUGGUUUUAUUGGUUCCUGUCUUAGAAUUAAUAUGUGGAAAUUGUAAUAAAAUGGUUUCCCUGGAAUAAAGAGGCUAUUUGGUGGAA